AUGGAGCAGGACAAGUACCUGCCCGAGCUGAUGGCCGAGAAGGACAGCCUGGAUCCCUGCUUUGUUCACGCCAUGCGCCUCCUGGAAGACGAAAUGGAAAAAUUUCAGGGUUCAGAAGGCAAGAAGGAAGAUGAAGAAAAGAAAUAUCUUGAUGUUAUCAGCAACAAAAACAUAAAGCUGUCAGAGAGAGUUCUGAUCCCUGUCAAACAAUAUCCAAAGUUCAAUUUUGUUGGGAAAUUGCUUGGACCAAGAGGAAACUCUUUAAAGAGGUUACAAGAAGAAACAGGUGCAAAAAUGUCCAUCCUGGGAAAAGGAUCCAUGAGGGAUAAAGCUAAGGAGGAAGAACUGAGGAAAAGUGGAGAAGCCAAAUAUGCACAUUUGAGUGAUGAGCUCCAUGUAUUAAUUGAAGUGUUUGCUCCACCUGGGGAGGCAUAUUCUCGUAUGAGCCAUGCGUUGGAAGAAAUAAAAAAAUUCCUGGUUCCUGAUUAUAAUGAUGAAAUUCGCCAGGAGCAGCUGAGAGAACUUUCGUAUUUGAACGGUUCUGAGGAUUCAUCACGUGGACGGGGCAUUCGAGGGAGAGGGAUCCGUGUGCCACCUGCAGCUCCUUCAAGGGGCCGCGGGGGUGCCAUUCCUCCCCCGCUGCCUGGACGAGGUGCCCAGGCACCCCGAGGAGCGCCGGUGACCCGUGGAGCGCUCCCUGUCCCACCGGUGGCCAGGGGCGUCCCCACCCCCCGAGCCAGGGGAGCGCCGUCCGUGCCGGGUUACAGAGCACCCCUGCCUCCCGCACACGAGGCCUACGAGGACUAUGUAAGAACUCCCAUCACCCUCAUCUUCAUAGUAUCAGGAUCCCACCCAGGAUAUGAUGAUGGAUAUGGGGGUGAAUAUGAUGAUCCAAGCUAUGAGGCAUAUGAUAACAGUUAUGCCACCCAAACACAAAGUGUGCCUGAAUAUUAUGACUAUGGUCACGGAACAAGUGAAGAGGCUUAUGACAGCUACGCACAAGAAGAAUGGGCCACAACCCGUUCCAGCCUAAAGGCACCACCUCCAAGGUCAGCCAGAGGGGGUUACAGGGAACACCCCUAUGGUAGAUAUUGA